AUGGUGCAUGUUUCAAAUAGAAGUAUCCAGGGUAUGAACAUACUUUUGUCCUCCUGGGCCGUAGUCUUAAUGGUGAUGGGAAUCACCUUAGAUGAAUGGGUUGAAUUGAUUUCAGAAGACGAAGGAAUCAAGAUAAACCACAGUCCAUGGAUGAUAUGUUGCCCUGCUGUUUGGCCAGAAGAUGACCUGAAAGUGGUCAGGAUUAUGAUGAUGUCGGUCCUUGGCCUUUCCUUCCUCCUUAACUUCAUCCUGGGUAUGAAAUUCACCUAUCUGAUUCCUCAAAAUAAAUCUAUACAACUCUUCACUGCUAUCCUCAGUUUCUCCUCAGGUAUCCUUCUGCUCUGGGCACUCACGCUAUAUCACAAUAAGCUGAAGCAAGGCCAAUCCAUGCACUUCUCUAGUUAUAGGAUCACCUGGAUCAUGAAUACUGCUUACUUAAACGUUUUCUUCUUGUCUGUCUGUGGAAUCCUCUCUCUCCUAGAGUGCAAGUUGUCUACCAGUAGCUCUACCUGCCUGAACAUCCAUACAUCUGACACAGAAUGUAAGGAAUCUGAGAAGUCUAUCGAAGGUAUUUCAUUACCAGAACACACUGCAAUGCCUCGUAGCAUUGUCCGUGCACACACUGUGAACUCAAAGGAAGACAUCCUAAACAAACAAGUUCAAACACGUCGCGUAACCUGGGCUCUGUGAUUUGGCAAUCUAUUUCUUGCAGUAUAUGCUCAUCUUUAUGGAAAAAGCUUUGUGGGUGUGUGCUGUGUCUCCAACCAUGUUGUCUCUAUUUGGAAUUAUAGUCGGGGUUUGUAAAAAGAUCUGGAAGAUGGUUUUUUAAAAAAUCCUGGCCUGCUGAACAAAUAGUUUCUUCUGCAACAUUUGUUGUUAAUACAAUAAAUAUUAUAAUGU